CUUUGGAUUGGCUGGAGGACUGCGGGCCCCUGCGCGCUGGCGAUGGGACGCGCUCAUGAACACCACUGACUCAACACACACACACACACACACCAAGUCGUACGGUAACAUGUCGCAGUACGCGCUGGCAGUUCACCUGCAGUACCUGCUGGCUGUGGGCCUGGCUGUUGUCUGCUGCUGCCUGGUCCUCGGCUGCGUCUUUUGCUGCCGCAGAAGGAGGUCCGUUUCAUCUGAGGACAAGGAGGCCGUCUUCAUGGCUCCUCAUCGCAUCGAGAGGGUGACAGUAACACUGACCCCGUCUCCAUGCACCCAGCCUGUCAAGCAGCAGUACGAGGAGCUGGAUGGGGACGUGCUGGAGUUCCCCUCCUCUAGAAGCAGCUCCUCUCCCUCCGAGGCUGACCUCACCUGCCUGCCCUUGGACCGCAGCCCUACCGGAUCAGCUGAGCUGGCGCCGCCGCGGUCCUCUUUCCCGAUGCGGCGUCUCAGCUCCCCGGCUGUUCCCUGCUCACCCAACAAGUCUCCGCGCCACGGCAGAGCCUCCCUGCCCUCGCUCACCAAGCUGGGCCUCGUGUCCAUGUCCCGCCGGGCGAUGGGUCGGCGCAGCACCGUGAGCGGCGAAAGUCUCCUUUACGCCGAGACCAGUCGGCUGAGCGCUGGCGGCGCUGCGGCCCAGCGGGAGGAGCCCCGCCUCUCUCAGUAUGGCUCUAACUGGCUCUCCACCUCCUCAAAGCCGGCGGCCCUCCUUCACUUCUCCCUGCUCUUCUCCUCGGCCUGUGGCACCCUCAUAGUCAACGUCCUGGGGGUCUCGGGGGCCCGUCGAAGGCGCACCGGUGUGUUUGUCCGGGCCAGCCUUCCUCCCCUCUGCACCACCCCUCAGCAGAUAGCCUAUCGGCGACGCAGCCUCAGCCCGGACCUCCACAGCCAGAGCUUCGUGCUGCAGGUGGGCGCCGUGGAGGAUUUGCUGGGCUGCACCCUGAGACUCGCUGUCCACAGCAGGGACUUCUCUGGCUUAAGGGAGGCCGCGCUGGGGGUGGUGGAGCUGCCCUGUGAGCAGAUUGAUUGGGAGCCUGACACCACAAUCACCUACAGCAGGCAGCUGGGCCCAACCAAAAGCAAGCUGAAAAAGAGCGUGAGUUCCCAGGAAGCACUGGGUGGGAGGAAGAGCUCGGUGUGCGCGCCGCGUGGUGUGGGCCAGCUGCUGGUCCUGCUGCAGUACCAGACGCCAGCCCAGCGCGUCAAGGUGAUGGUCCGAAAGGCUGAGAAUCUGGCCAAGCUUACACGGAUCCCAGGAGCUCCAGACCACUACGUUGUCAUCAACCUGCGCCAGGAUGGAAAAGUUCUCGUUUCCAAGGAGACCAAAGGGGCCAGCGGUCCGAACCCGGUCUGGAACGCCCCGUUCCUGUUCGACCUGCCCUCCGGUGACAUCACUCAGCUGCCAUUGGUGCUCGAGUUUAUCGUCAUGCAGGGCCGCCUGUACACUAGGACCAGCGUUCUGGGUCGCGUGUCCAUUGGCGGCGCCUCAGGGGCGGGGCAGGGACACUGGGAGGAAAUGUGCAGUCGGGGGCAAACGGAGACGGCUCGCUGGCACAACAUCCAAUCGGACGUGCCGUAGGACGGGCUGACUGUGUGAUUCUGCCGCUUGAUGACCUGGCGCCGCCCAAAGGGUCAGACGGGUGGAGUCAGAUGGGAACGGCAUGUGACGCACCCGCUUCAAAGUAUUUCCUUUUAAUCUUUUUCUUUUAAGGCCUGUUGAUGAGUUUUGGUCCGCUUUGGCAGCUCGGAUGGAUUUCCACUCAGUACUUACUAAAGUAGCCGGUCGUUCUGUUUUGGGAGGAGACAAACACCCAAACACAUAACUCUGGGUAAUCACAUUGAGCGGCUGAAUUACUGUAAUAUUUCUAAGUUUAUUUCUCUUAUCGUCCACUGGAAAGCUGCUCAAAACAUUCACAGAUGCCACGGACUUUGUUCCAAAUACAUACUUUACGUGAGAUUUGAGCAAAGCAGAUGAGUUAAACAGGGCCUGCUGCAUUGCUUUGAUUAAGGCCAACCAGCAGCAUCACUGCCACACAACGUGAUCGGGGGUCAUGUGUUCUCUUGCUAUCUGCUUUUAUUAGUGAAUACAGUCUGAAGCAGACUUUUGAUUACAUGUUUUUAUUUAUUUUGAUGCUUCUUAACACGGGAGAAGUCUCAAUGGAGAAUACAAAUGGGAUUGAAUGAUAACUUCAGCAUACAUUGUAUGAAACAUUGUGAAAUAGAACCUGAAGUAGAAGUGUUGUCCUUCAGAGACUUGCCCAGCAAAUAUUAUGUUGUCAAGCAAAGCAAAGUUGGAUGGUUAAGUUUUGGUUUUGCGGAAGGAGUUAUUGUGUUUGUAUUUAUUGAAUAUUGAUCAUGUAGAUGCUGCUGGUGGCAUGUAUUGUCUUAACUGUAACUGUUUAAAGGGGGCAAUUUUGAAAUAAAUGUAUUUAUUGUAUAGGAACUUCUUUGCCAAAGACGUGGAUGACUCUCUGACUAAAUAUCUUUUGUGAAAGAGAUCACAUCAAUUUGGGCAUUUCAUAGAGUUCUCAUCCUGCUCAUCAACAGUUUCUUUAAAAUGAAAAUAAAAAUGUUGUAACAGAUAGCUCAUAGAAAAAGGAACAUCAAAUCCCUCUUUCCUGUCCUGGUAACUAAUUCUUUGCU